GAAACUAUAAUAAUUCGUGAUUACAUAAAAGAUUGAGCAAUUUCAUCGGAAUGCCGCUAAUCAAUAAUUAACCGAAGAGUGUGUUGAUUGAGUUUUUUGAGUUGCCUACGAUAGGAAAAAGUUGGCAAUGCAAAAUAAAAUGCAAUGACAUAAACAAAAGAAGAUGUCUUCUUAGAAUUUAAUGUGUCCUAACAUGAAUGAAUUAAAAGUGUAUUCUUGAAGCUCCACCACGAAACGUCUGGAAAGUGCGUAGAAAGUAAUAAUGUCGAAGAAAAGUACAAUCGAAGUGUUCCAAACGAAGAUCUCCAGGAAUGACCGGUUUGCUCAAAUGUCUCAUCAGGAGAAACUCAUCGAACAGAAGAAGAAGGAGAUCCAGGCGAAGCUGGAGCAGAAGCAGAAGGCUGCAACAACGGAUCACUCUGCAAGGAGCACCAGCUCCAUGGUGACCGGGAGCAGUUGUGCAUCAGCUAAACAGGCUAAAAGCCCGGUGAAACAGCAGGUGAAGAAAGCUUUUAACUUUAACACAUUCUCAAGUGACGGAACUUUCAUGAAGCAAUUUAAGCAGCUGAAAGAGAAGAAGCAUCAUGAUUAUAAAGAUUCUAAGCAAAAAAUGUUUAAAUGGGACAAUCAUGACAGAUACAAUAGUGAGGAUAGGAGCAGAAGUAAAUGGAAGAGGGAGGGUUUACUAAAGGAUGGUGGUGGUAGUAGAGUGAUGCAGAAAGUGAGGACCACGAGAUUUUCAGAUAAACCUUCGCAGAGUUUCGAACCAAAAAUAAACAUAAGCUCCUCGUACAGCAGUCUCAUCUCGCAGUCUCAGUCCAAUUACGAUGGUCAAUCGAUGGUGCAGGAUGUGACCGGACAACCGUUGCUUAAGAAUCUCGUCGCGCAGAACGUUCAGUUUCCACUGUCCCCGCAAAACUCGACGAUCAUCGCCGCGGCACCAUUGCUGCUGAACGUGCCGCCUCCGCAGAUCUCGAGUCUGCAAAGUCAGAUGGUGCUGCAGCCACCGCAGCAGACGAUGGAAAUGGUCGAUCUGUGUCCGACGACGACUACGACGACGGUCAUCACGACUGUUACGCUGCCGCCGCUUCAAGGACAAACGACCGAUAACGGUGGUACUGCGAUAAUAACGGUACCUCCACCGUGCAUGCCACCCACCAUCGAAUUGUCGAGCAUACCGCCGCCGAAUCCGAUUCAGGUGCACAACAUACCGCCGCCGGAGCCGCUGAACACUCUCACCAUCCCACCGCCAGCUCCGCUUCAGGUCCAGAACAUCCCUCCGCCAUCGCCGAUCCAUCUGAACGAAAUACCGAACCCGAAGCCGUUGGACAUUCUCAGCAUUCCGACGCCGUCCGAACCGAUGGACGGCGGCAGCGGCGGCGGAGGUGGUGGUAGUGGCAAACCUUCGAUGGUGGAACACCGAAACCCUCCGGACUUUAUCAAGAACAUCCCGCCGCCGAACAAGUCGGUGCCACCGCCGAACCUCAACGAUCAGAUAUCAUCGAUCGUGGGGCAGACGAAGCCGGUGGUGCAGCAGCAGCAGCAACAACAACAGCAGCCUCCACCUCCGCCACCCUCGACUACCUCGAUACCUACUUGCCUUCCACCACCUAACAUCAUGCCGCCGACGUCCAUGCCGCCGCCGCAGAACAUCCUACUUGCACAACAGCAGCAGCAAGCGCCGCAGAACAUUCUACUUGGACAGCAGCCACCGCAACAGUAUAUGCAGUUGCAGUCGCUGCUGCCGCCUCCAUCGCAGCUAGUCAACAUGCAGCCGUCACUCCUGGCCGCCCAAUCUAUUCUGUCUCCACCUCCCUCAAUCGGUAUAGUACCGCCCCCGCCCAUCAACAUGAACUGCCCGCCUCCGGCUCUUCAGCAGACCGGACCAAUGCAAGUGCCUCCACCGCCGCCGCCGCCUCCUCCUCCAGUGCAGUCCGCGUUCAUCACUCAAAUGCCUCCGACGAUGCUUACGGCGACCGCAACCAACAACGGUCAGCUAUUCCAACUCAUCGAGUCGCAGACCAUCACGGACGUUAACACUCCAGUAUUUCCCUCAGGUUCGGCCGAUUACGAGGCGAUGGCGUCUCUGGGACGCAUGGUGGCUCAAUGCGGACAGGGCAUCGAGGACAUCGUUCGGCAACGCAAAAAUCAAGAUCCCAGUCUGUGGUUUCUGUUCCACAAGGAGUCCGCUGCCUAUCAGCAAUAUCUGCAGAUGGUCGAACAGUUCAAGUCGGAGAUGGUUGCGACGACGACGACGACGACAGUCUUGGACACGAGCGACGAUUACAGACCGGAGGACAUUUACGAACCGGAGAUGCCCAGCGAUGUUGGUGAUUUGCUGAUGAUGACCACGACGGUGACGACCACGACGACGACAACUGUAGUAGAUGAUAGUAGACAACAACAUCAUCACCACCAAGGAAGCAAACGUAGAAGGAAAAGCCGUUGGGGUAACAAUGAGGAACUCUCUUUACCAUCGACGGGUUCCGUUGAUUUACCACCUCAGCCCAAGAAAGGAGGUAGCAACAAAGCUCCUCGUUUUUCAACGAAGGUGACGAGAAACGAUCCGGCUCUGAUACAGUACGCGGUUAACGCGUUCGGUUCCACGAAUCUCAGCGAGGAGGAAUGGUGCAAGGCUGAGGAUCAUUUCAAAAUUAACUUGCUGUACCAGGAUAUGAUCCGCAAACGGCAGGAGGUGGAACGGCUACAAAAGACCGGCCUCAACAAGUACGAAUACGAUUCUGACGAGGAAACGGAGGGCGGCACCUGGGAGCACAAGUUGCGCGAAAAGGAGAUGGUCGCCACGCAGCUGUGGGCGAACGAACUGACGCGUCAGGCGGAGGGCAAGCAUCACAUCGGCGAUUUCUUGCCACCCGAAGAGUUCAAAAAGUUCAUGGAGAAAAGCGAGGCGGCCCGCGACGGCAGGCACGUUGACAUCUCCGAUUACAAGGAGUUCAAGCUGAAGGAGGACAACAUCGGUUUUAAGAUGUUGCAGAAGCUUGGCUGGUCCGAGGGUCAGGGUCUGGGCUCUGAAGGCAGCGGCAUUCUGGAGCCGGUCAAUAAAGGAUGUCUAAGGGAUUCCAACCAGGGUUUAGGAUUGGAUCAAGCGGAGAACAUUGCCACCAACGACGAUGAGUACGACGCGUACAGGAAACGAAUGAUGCUGGCUUACAGAUUCAGGCCGAAUCCUUUAAAUAAUCCCAGGCGACCUUACUAUUAAAUCAAUAAUAUGUUAUAUUUAAAAAUUAUAAUUAUGCUCAAAAAAAUUACAGAAAUAUAUAUAUAUAUUGUUUUUUUUUAAAUAUAUUAUCAACAUCAUCCGAUUAU